AUGACGCCGUCGGUCGGGACGUUGCUAUCAGCUGCAACUGCCGAGAGCAGUGCAGAGCACGGCCGGCCCAGCUAUGGCAACAGAGUGGCCGAAGCUUCAUAUGAUAGGAGAUCGGUGUCAAUCUUCUCUCCCGCCUACGCUUGGCAAGCGAAUAACUGUAUUACCCAAAAUGUGGAACCAUUCCUCGUGGGAACCACUGUGGACCUGAAGAUGGAGAAUUCACAGCCCUCUGGCUCCUUCAAGAUCCGUGGCAUCGGACACCUCUGCCAGCAGCUCGCCAGGCAGUCCAAAGGAGUUGUCUGCUCUUCAGGUGGUAACACAGGUAUGGCUGCAGCCUACAUAGCCAGAAAAAUGGGUGUACCGGCCACCAUCGUAGUUCCCUCCUCGUCUCCUCAGCUGGUCGUUCAGACACUCCAGGAUCAGGGUGCUACUGUCAAGAUUACAGGCAGGGUUUGGGAUGAUGCCAAUGCAGAGGCUCUCAGACUGCAAGAGACUGAAGGACUCACCUACGUUCCUCCGUUAGAUCACCCGUUGCUCUGGCAGGGCCAUGCCAGCGUGAUCGCCCGGGUGGCGACCUCCCUGGGCCCCGGCGUGAAGCCUGGAGCUGUGCUGGUGUCCAUGGGCGGAGGAGGGCUCCUCUGUGGGGUCGUCCGGGGCCUGAAGGACGCGGGCUGGACGGAUGUGCCCAUCGUCGCAAUGGAAACGGCGGGGGCCGACUGUUUCAACGCUGCGGUCAAGGCGGGGAGGUUGGUCACCCUGGAUGACAUCACCAGUGAGGCCAAAUGUCUCGGAGCAAAGACGGUUUGCAAGAAAGCUUUUGAAUAUAGCCGAUGCAGCGAGCUCACCAUCAUCUCUGAACUUGUGACGGAACUCUGCUUGAACGUGCGUUUUCAUUUUCUUUUGGCCGGCGAGGAGCGCGUGUUGGUGGAGAUGGCGUGCGGAGCGGCACUAGCAGCCGUCUACAGCGGACUCGCACGCAGAUUACAGGAUGAAGGUCGGCUGCCGGCUCUCUUGGGCCCCCUGCUGGUGAUCGUGUGCGGUGGCAGCAGCAUCGACAUGGAGCAGCUGACCCUCCUCAAACACAAACUGCAGGCUUAAAGUACUGUGUGUGUGUGUGUGUGUGUGUGUGUGUGUGUGUGUGUGUGUGUGUGACUGGCUAAUGUUGGGCUACAAAGAUAGAAUCAGUUCAGUGACUGAUGUGUGGAUGGAUGACUGGAAUGAAGAUAUAAAUCAAUAAUUAUAAAAAAAGAGAAAAAAACAACUACAGAUAUGUAUCAUCUCAUUUAAAAGCAAAUGUGUCAUUUGCAAUAUUGGUAAUUAAGAUAUUUGUGCUUCUCCUAAUAUUGUGGUGUCAUUUUUAAGUCACAUAAAAUAUGAAAAUGCAAUGAGAUUUCUUAGAAAAAUAACAUUUCUUGAGUUAUAAAUCAAUGAACCGUCAGAAUUCAAUGACUACAUCUCCCCACAUGGUGGUGUCACUGCCAGUCUGAAGCAUUACUAAAUAUUACACUACACCCAAAUAUUUGUACAUUCUAGUCUUCUUUUGGUCUUUUUGUAAAUACAUUUGCGGCCUCGGAAUGAUUUCCAUAUUUGAAAUGAA